UCCUUCUUUCGUGUCCGACCUGGUGUACAUGUCUUCAUAUGCCUCUUGUUUAGCCUUCGCCACCUCUACCUUUGCCCUACGUCGCAUCUCGAUGUACUCCUUUCGCCUCUCCUCAGUCCUCUCAGUAUCCCACUUCUUCUUCGCUAAUCUCUUUCUUUGUAUGACUUCAUGUAUUUUGGGGUUCUACCACCAAGUCUCCUUCUCCCCUUUCCUACCAGAUGACACACCAAGCGCUCUCCUGCCUGUCUCUGAUCACCUUGGCUGUCGUAGUCCUCCUUUCCUGUCUCACCGCUUUCCGAAGGUCCGCACAGCUUUCUUCCUUUCUCAGCUUUCACCACAUGGUUCUUCGCUCCAUCUUUGUCUUCUUAACUUUCCUCCCCACCGCCAAAGUCAUCUCACAGACCACCAUCCAAUGUCAUCCAGCCAAACUAUCUCCUCACAGUCAAUAACCUCAUUCUGAUGACAUCGUUUGCACAAGAUGUAAUCCUCCUUUUUACUUCUGUCUUCACUCCUUUCGGUCACCCGGUCUUCCUUUCACUUCUGGAAGAAAGUAUUCACUUGAUCCAUUUCCAUCCUUUUGCACCUUCUGUCCCUCCAGGUUUUCUUUCCUGGAUGAUAUUCUUACCCAUGACUGCUUUAUUACCCGUUUCCUUCACCAACAAGUCCAUUAGUCUGCAUUUGUGAGAUCACACGGUGAUGUUGGACUCGCUCUCAAUUAGGGGCUCUAAUUCACCCCAAAUGUGUUCUUGAGGUCAGGACCCUGAGCAGGCCUGUCAAGUUAUGCUGGACCAAGGUAUGCUGAAUCCUUCAGCGUUCCUUCCACUGAAAAGAAUGAGCCACUAUUUUGGAUAAUUCCAUGCUCCCAACUUUGUGGGAACAGUUUGCAGCUGCCCUCUUCCUCCUCCAUCAUGACUCUGCACCAGUGCACAAAGCAAGGUCCAUAAAGAGAUGGGUGACAGUGUUUACGUGAAUGAAAUCAACUGGCCUGCAGAUUCCUGACCUCAACCUGACAGAACACCUUGGGGCCGAAUUAAAGCCGAAACUAAGAAAUUGAGCAUCACACGUCUGCUAUUGGACCUGGGAAGGGUUCUCAUAGGUUUGAUUAAUUGGAAUCUUUGACAGCUUAAGCUUCUUUCAUGUACAUGUGACCGUAAAGUGCUAACUAACAUCCUUCUGUCAUCCAGAUGAGCCAAGACACUACAGAGACUCGAACACGAACCCGCUCCAAAGGCAAUCGAGUAAAACUUGUUUUAACUUUUUUUUUUGUAUUGUCAGAACUCUCAGGACAUGACAUGAAGCAUGAGCUGAGUAGCAGUUGUCCAACCCCUGGCUGUGACGGCAAAGGUCAUGUCAGUGGAAGAUACUCAAGGCAUAGAAGCGCACUGGGAUGUCCAACCAUGAAGAAGAGAAAGCUGGAGGAGGCAGUUGCUGAGGAGAACCAGUCUUCUGCCAAGAAAAAGGGUCCAACGGCCUUAAUGGACGCAGAAGACUUUGCCGUACACAACGAGGAGGACCAGGAGGAGGAGCUAAAAAAGGAGAAAGAAGAGGACAACUUCAAAGAGGAGGAAACUUCAAACAGUAGACCAGAGUCAAUCAAAAAUAACGACUGCCUAUUGAUAAAAGAAGACACGGGAGUAGCGGAAACAGUUGUUUGUGCUACAACUAAAGAUGAAGAGAACAUCAUCUUGGAGUUUGAGAAUGAGGCUGCGACUGAGGAAACCGGUAGGGAUCAGAAAUUGGCAAGAGAACAGCAGCUGUCCGCAGAGGACCAAAAGAAAACGGAUGCCACUCCGGAAAACGAAGACAGACGAGAGACAGCAGAGCGCUCGCAAAGAGUCUGCGGAAGGACUGAGAUUGAGCAUACAAAAGACGAGGAUGAUGAGGAUGAAGCAGAAGAACACGUUGAAAAAACAAAUGGCUUUGUAGGCGAGAGGGAAGUGGAAAGACAGACAAUAAGUCAGGAAAACUCUGAUCACCAGUAUUCCACUGGACAUUACAUCCAUCAUCAGGUCAACGAGUCAACACAGGACCAGAUAAAGAGGGAGCAGAAAGAAGAGGAGGCCGUGGGAGAAAACAAGGAAGAGAGCGUUCAAGAGGUCGAUACCCCUUACUCGAUGAGUCCACAUAGUCAAGGGUCUCAGGAGUCUCUUGAGGAAGAAAAGGUCUUUGCACCAGUCACUGAGGAAGAGGCACGCGAAGAGCAGCGGGAGAGAGAAGAGGCCAAGCAGCAAGGGGAAGCAGGCACAGGGGGGGAGGUACAGCUGGAGGAUGAGGAGGAGGAGGAGGACGGGGAGGAAGAGGAGGAGGUUGAGGACCAAUGCUCCAGCAAAGCCUCUCCAGCCACAGUGGUGAUAGAUGUGCGCUCGGAAGAGGAGGAGGAGGAUGAAGAGGAGGAGGAGGAAGAGGAAGAAGACGACGGCGACGACCGCGACUGCAUCUCGGAAGGCUCGGGGAUCACCGACGACUCCGAGAACUGGGACAUGACCCGGGGGAACCUGGGGCUGCUGGAGCAGGCCAUCGCUUUGAAGGCUGGGGAGGGGAAGGACGAUCAGGAGGCCCAGAGCUCCCAAGACUACCAGUCCUACAACAGCCCCAGCAAAAGCUCAGAAGCGGUGGGACGACGCAGCGCCCACUACAGCAAAGAGAAGAAGGAAGUGAAGUGUCCGACCCCUGGGUGUGAUGGGACAGGUCACGUGACCGGACUGUACCCUCACCAUCGCAGUCUCUCCGGAUGUCCCCACAAGGACAGAAUUCCUCCAGAGAUCCUGGCCAUGUAUGAGAACGUCUUGAAGUGUCCCACUCCUGGCUGCACAGGCCAAGGCCACGUCAACAGUAACCGCAACACACACCGCAGUCUAUCCGGCUGCCCUAUUGCUGCGGCAACUAAGAUGAACAAGAACCAGGACAAGCAGGUCCACCUACAGGCUGCUGUCAGCGAGCCCACAUCCAACUCUGACAGGGUGCUCAGGCCCAUGUGUUUUGUGAAACAGCUCGAGAUCCCUCAGUAUGGUAACUACGGGCCCAACGCGGUCAACACCACACCACGGGCAAACCUGGCGAAAGAGUUAGAGAAGUACUCAAAGGUGUCUUUUGACUAUGCAAGCUUUGAUGUCCAGGUGUUUGGAAAACGUAUGCUUGUUCCAAAGACAACCACCGCUGAAACAUCACCCAAAGCCUUCAAAUCUAAAUCCUUCCCUAAGGCCUCUUCCCCAAGCGGGACAGGGUCAGGAGGCAUUCCCAACAGCACUUUGUCCUCUAACGAGUAUGACUGUAGUCAAGACGCCGAGGCGGCCCACAUGGCAGCGACGGCCAUACUCAACCUGUCCACUCGCUGUUGGGAACGACCGGAGAACCUUAGCACCAAUUCCAGGGAGCCCUGCCCUGAGGAGCCGGAUAUUGAAGUAGACGAGAACGGCACCUUGGACCUCAGCAUCAAGAAAAGCAAGAGAGCGAGCAUGCAGUCUCCGGAGCCUUCGUCGUCCUCGUCGUCGUCUUCUCAACACACCAUAGGUGUGUUAUCUCAGGGCCACGCUCAGCCUGAGUGGGAGGGGCCACUCGACUUUACGAAAUCAAGCGGAGUAAAGGAGGAAGGCCAUGAUGAGGUGGAUUAUACAGCUACUUCCUACACCUCUUCUGAUGUUGAGGACGAGGACCAGGAGAACCAGGAGAACCUGGAGGAGCGGAAGUACCCUGGGGAAGUUACCACCAGCAGUUUCAAGGCCAAGUUUCAGCCCAAAGACAGCAAAAAGGAGAUCCUUGUAUGUCCCACUCCAGGCUGCGACGGCAGUGGACAUAUCACUGGCAACUACGCAUCACAUCGAAGUCUGUCAGGCUGUCCUCUUGCAGAUAAAUCACUACGGACACUCAUGGCUGCCCACACAGCUGAACUUAAGUGUCCGACUCCCGGUUGUGAUGGAUCAGGCCAUAUCACGGGAAACUACGCUUCACAUCGAAGGUAUGGAAUGUUCUUAUGUUGGUUUUCUGGAUUAGCAUCAGCUAACUCCUUUGUCAUCAUCUGUACCAGUCUGUCCGGAUGCCCAAGAGCCAAAAAAGGGGGAGUCAAAUCAAACCCCGCAAAGGACGACAAAGAAGACUCUGAGUUGCUAAGGUGUCCUGUCCCCGGCUGCGACAGUCUCGGGCAUAUUAGUGGGAAGUACGCCACCCACCGCAGCGCUUAUGGCUGCCCGCUGGCGGCGCGUCGACAGAAGGAGGGGCUCCUGAACGGCGCCCCCUUCUCCUGGAAGACGUUCAAGAGCGAGGGCCCGACCUGUCCGACGCCUGGCUGCGACGGUUCCGGUCAUGCGAAUGGGAGUUUUCUAACGCACCGCAGUCUGUCAGGUUGUCCCAGAGCACUGGCCAGUAAGAAGAAAGCCAAGUUCCCUGGAGACGAGUACAUCACUGCCAAAUUCAGAGCUAGCGAUGUUUUGGAUAAUGAUGAAGAUAUCAAGCAGCUCAACGAGGAGAUCAACGAUCUGAAUGAAUCCAAUUCAGAGAUGGAGGCUGACAUGGUGAACCUCCACACUCAGAUCUCCUCCAUGGAGAAGAACCUGAAGAGCAUGGAGGAAGAAAACCAGCAAAUUGAAGAGAAAAACGAGGCCCUGUUUCUGGAGUUGUCAGGUCUGAGCCAGGCCCUGAUGCAGAGCCUGGCCAACAUCCGUCUGCCGACAAUGCAGGAGCCGUUGUCGGAGCAAAACUUUGACAGCUACGUGGAGACCCUCACUCAAAUGUUCACCAAUAAGGACUGCUACCAGGACCCCGAGAACCGGGCUCUGUUGGAGUCCAUUAACCAGGCAGUCAAAGGAAUAGAGGUGUGAGAGAUCCGAGCGAGACGCGGACGUCCCCCGGAGAGCGCGUCAGUAAAGGAACCAUCUCAUUUGGAACAUUGCCAUCGGUUCUUUGUUGUGUAUAGUUUCCCUGUUUGCAUGUUGCUUUAGGACAAAUGAGAGUGGGAACACGAUUAUGGGGUGAUGGCCCGCUGCAGUCCAACUGCUACGGCGGCGGCGAGUGACGUGUGUAGCAGAACAUAUCCUGUCCGCUCGAUAAUGUCAGUAGUAUCCUGUAAAAACCAUAGUGGCGUUCCACCUGCUGGACUAGUCUUUUCUAUAUUCAUUGGUACUAUUGCUGUGUAACUAUUUGUCAUUGGGAAAUGUUGGGUUCAUUAUGAAAUAUUUAUUCAUGCUGCGCGUAUUAUCAUGUCUGUCUACUAUUUAUUAAAGUCCCUGUAACGUGACUGUCUUGUAAAUUCGACACCACGGGGGAGUGUCGUUAAAUAGUUCGCUAAAUUUGAAUGAAUAAUUGAUAUUACAUUAGGCUUCAAAAUCACGAACAAUACAGACUUUUUGUCCGAUUGUAUUGGCGUGUCCACUCAACGCACUGAACAAUGGCUGCUUGACCCUCAAAUCAAAUACCACCGCAGGUCUUGCAUCAUUCUUAUGCCCUCGUGUUUGAGCAGUGUCACGACGAGAGGCGCUAGUUACUAGCUAGGUCGCGUGCUAACAGGCUUCCGACGGCAGGCUCAUUCAAAGUUUACGCCCUCACUUGGUGUUGUGUCGGCGUGUAGGCCCGCGGAAGACACUGAAGGGAAAGCUAACAGUUUAGCUAUCUUGCUAACGACCUACUUUCUUUCGGCUUGUCCCGUUAGGGGUCGCCACAGCGUGUCACCUCAGAUGAACGCUCAUAUUGGUUUAGCACAGUUUUUACGCUGGAUGCCCUUUCUGACGCAAGCCCACUUGGGGAGUGGAGGCCCCCAGUGACAAAGUAAAUUGCAACGGCAAUCGGAUAGCAUAGGCCAAGGGUGUCAAACUCAUUUUUGUCACGGGCUGCAUGAUGUUAUGAUUUCCCCCAGAGUGCCGUUAUGACUGUGAAUCCAUGAAAAUCUUUCGCCUCGCGAUAUUUACACAGGUACGGUGGCUCAGCUGGUAAAGCAUUGCACUCACAGUUUUGAGGUCCCCGGUUCAUUCCUGGACCCGCCUGUGUGGAGUUUGCAUGUUCUCCCCAGGCCUCCGGGCACUCCGGUUUCCUCCCACAUUCCAAAAACAUGCAACAUUAAUUAGACACAGUAAAUUGCCCCUAGGUGUGAUUGUGCGUGCGGCUGUUUGUCUCCAUGUGGCCUCCUCCCCGUUGACAGCUGGGAUAGGCUCCAGCACUCCACGUGACCCCCUUGAGGAUAAGCGGUGAAGAAAAUGGAUGGAUGGAUAUUUACACGUGAAAUUUAUGAACUAGUUUUGAAUCAGAAAUCAAGCGUAAUGGGUUUUCCAACUAUUGUUCAUGUUUGGUAACGUAAAAAUGCUUGCAAUAUCUCAACUUUAUCAUUUAUGAUAUGACAAUUUGAAAUAUUUUAAUUAUCACAAAAAUCAUGGAAGUUGAUAGACAUGAUUUGCCUUCGCAGGCCACGUAAAAUCAUGCGGCUGCCCGGAUCUGGCCCCCGGGCCUUGAGUUUGACACCUGUGGCAUAGGCCCAGAGUUGUUAUAUGGAGGGGAGGGUGGGGUGGGGGGGGGGGGGGGGUCCACUCAUGCUGGAUGCCCAAGUGUGUCACUGGGCUCUGUUUUAGCCACACCCCAAAAGAAAAAAAAAUUGUAAAAAAAAAAAAAAAUCAGCUGAAAUGGGAAAAACUCAUCUCAAUUGAAUACUACACAGUUGUGUUUUCAACUCUGAUCCUCAAACAAAUGUCUUAAUUAGAAAGAAAUGUAAAAAAAAAAAAAAUCACUUUACAGGGUCUUUAACUAUUUAUUCACUAUUUAUUUUUGUGUUACUUGAGAAGUGAAAGCAGGAGACGAAACUCGAGUAAACACGAGAAGGAAAACACUUUCCUCUGCACUGAUGAACAAAGGAAAUAUUUUAAGAUAUCAACUAUGAAUUAUUUUCUAAAGUUAUUUAUUUAAAAUACUGCAAUCUUUUUACAGUAAAUGCAAACGUUUUGUAUAUGAAAGUUUUGAAAUGAUUUACUAAUGACUUUUAUUUAUUGAUUUAUUUAUUUGGUGCUUGUUUUUAUGAUUUUGACAACUACUACGUGUUGGGAGUAUUUUGCAAUCCACUGAGACUAUUUGAAGUGCACAGAUAUGUUGACGAACAAAGUGAUGUGUGAAACAACGUGAUCGUGAAUAUUUACUUUUGUCUACGUGUGGCAAUGACUGUGUGGAUUCUCUUUGCUAGUUCUUCAAAUAAAC